AUGAAUAAGUUUGUGAAUGGCGUGGUUUCCAUCACAUCCCUUUUGACCAUCUUGGUCUUUUUCCUUCCCUAUCGCCUUCUCAUGUCCCUUGUGUCCUCUGCAAAGGCCCUUUUAGAAGAAAAUGUGAGAGGCAGAGUCAUACUCAUCACCGGUGCAUCUUCCGGCGUUGGCGAGCAUGUGGCGUACGAGUAUGCUAGGAGAGGAGCUCGUUUGGCACUGGUGGCGAGGAGACAGGGUCAGCUCCAACAAGUGGGUGACGUUUGUGAGAUGAGUGGGUCGCCUGAAGCUGUUUGCAUCGUUGGAGACGUGGCCAAUAUUCAAGACUGUAAACGCUUUGUUGAUGCCACUGUUACCCACUUUGGACAAUUGGAUCACUUGGUCACCAACGCCGGGGUUACCCCGCUCUGCUUGUUUGAAGAUUAUGAUGACAUCACUAAAGCUUCGCCGGCAAUGGUAAUCACUCACCAAACAAAUGAAUUAACAUCUUUUCUUAAGUAAAUGGAUGGUUAUUUAUUAAAACAUAUAUGUUCUUCUCUCAUCUCAUAUAAGAAAAAGAAAACCAUAUCCUGC